AUGCGUACCGCACCUAUUGCUGUUAUGGCCACCAGCCUUGCCGUCGCCAACGCUGCUGGUCUCAUCAGAGACAGUAUCCCUACCAAUGUUGACGGGGCAAAAUAUAACAAGCCCAAUGCAGGACCUCCUGGAGCUUGGUUCUCCGGUGCUUCAUCUCUACCCGCCAGUCGCAUCGCAGCUGCGGCUGCCAAGAUGACCAAGACUCCAAAGGAUGCGACAUACAUUCUUAGUGACGGCAACUCCAAGAAGGCCACCAUCCACAGUGACUGGGCCAAUCUAUCCAAGGGAGCAGCGUAUGCCUUUGUUGCCGAUAUGGAUGUGGACUGCGACGGAAUUGACCACGCUUGCAAGGGAAAUCCAGAUGGCGAAACGCAUACAGAUUUCGGAGCUCUUGCAGCCUAUGAAGUUCCUUGGGCUGUUAUCCCCAGCAAGUUCGCAAGCGGACAUACAAAGGAACUAGCUGGCAACAACGUGGUUGCUGUCAUUUGUAACGGAAAGAUCUUCUAUGGUGUCUUUGGUGACACCGACGGCGACACUCCCGAGACAAUUGGAGAGGCCUCGUGGCUCUUGGCCAACACUUGCUUCCCAAGCGAAGGUCUCAAUGGUAACAAUGGACAUGUACCUGCUGACGUAACUUACAUCUUCUUUACUGGAGACGGAUCGGUCCUGCCAAGCAGCGCCAUUGGGGAGAACUACUUGACUAACUUUAAUGCCUUGAAGACGCUUGGAGACAAGUUGGUCGGUGACCUUGUUUCUAGCUUAGGUCUCUAA